UGCCUCAUUGUGGCUAAGAAUAAUGGUACUAAUAUGAUAUAAGCUCUUAAUUGCAGAGGUUUAAAAAUCCUGUGAUAGUUUAACAGAGAUGGGCAGUGGCAGCUUUGGUUCUUCUCCUUCCUCUCACCAGCUUUCAUCAUUGAAAGGAACACCUUCCUCUCUAGAGUGAGUGGUGCUUCUGCAGCUGCUGAGGGGUUGUGUUACUUCCAGGGGUUGUGUCAUCCUUCAGGGCGUAAGGCUGCUGCUCCAUGUCCCACACCUGCCUGGCCUGUGAGUCUUGUCCCUUCUCCCUGCCUGCCUGGGAGCCUCCUGCUCCUCGACUGCAGGGCAGCCCACAGCUCCAGGAAUGAGGUAGGAGUGGGGAGCAGCCACACCUCACAUGGAUUUUCAAAUGCUGAGAACAAUUGGUAGCCCAAUUUUAUGUAUUUAUUUAGUGCAAAUAAACACCUGACAGAAGCAUACGGCCAGCAGUGAGCAACAGCCCCCUAUGCUCGCUCACAUGGGAGCUGGCAGGGCUAGUGGAUGCAAUAAUGCACAGAAGAAAGGAAGGGAGGAAGAGGAAGUAAAUUUCUUUCAUCAAACUAGGGAAUGCUAGUGUUCUUAAAAGUGAUCUGUCCAAAAUAGCUGCCAAUUCCAACUGUUUUGACUACAGUAUUUCUUUCCCUCUCAAAUUCUGCCUCUGCUAGCCCCACUCAGUCUAAUUAUUGCAGGUACAAGCACACACAGACUCAAAUUCUCCAUCCUCUUGUACCUUGCAUUUGAGCUGGUGAUCCCUGUUCCACCAUUCUGUGGUGUUGGUCCCCCUCUCAGGAGUUUUGUCCAAGCAUCCUGGCUUUUCUCAGCCUUGGUGGGUUGAUUAUAGCAAUUUUUUUUUAUGAAUGGCAAUGUUCCUCCAUGGGACUAGGAGAGGGAACUGCUAAGAUUCAAGCAAGAGCUGAAUGGCAGCUUUGUACCAGCAAGCCUGGUCACAGAGAUUCCUGCAAAGUUCUGAGGAGGAGGAGAUGCUGCUGGAUGAAGUAAGCGGUCUCCGGUACCCCCAGCCCACAGGGAAAGACAUGUAGAUCCAGGCAACAUCCAGCAUAAAAAUUCCGUUCCAAUUCAAAAACAGAAUGGGUCUUUUAACUGAUUUGUAAUCAGUGUGAUUCCUGCAGUGACGACAAAAACAUCCCAGGGUUUUCACCCACACUUCCACCUCCUGAAAUCCACUGGAACCAAAAGCCCACAGUGGAAUUUAAGAGUUGUUUUGGUGUGUUUGCAAGACCAUGGAGUCUGAAGAAUUCUAGGGAACUGUGCCCCAGACUUCUCAAUGCUCAUUAGGUGUGCUGUGAUAUUAACUGUCAGGAAAUCUCAUGAAGUUGUUGGAGAAAUUGUGUCUUGGUUGCAGGCCAGACUUAAUUUAGGAAAAAUUCUGAAUGAAACAGACUCCUCUGUUUAUCAGAAAAACCACCAGAAGUUUAGCUUUUGAGAUACAUUCCUCCUGAUUUGCCUUCACAGCUGAACAGAUAUCUGUGGGAGAACACCACUUUAUUUCCUUUUUGUUUUUUUUUUAAUCCCUACAGCCAAAUACCUUAAGAAAAGAUGUUGUUAUUUUUUGAUGGGUGUUUGUUUAACAACUCAUUUUAUGGUGGAAACCCUUUAAUAUCAGAUACUUCUGAGAGAACAGCCUCUUCCAUCAGCCCAGUUAAGUCUUCAGAUAGGCUUUUCCUUUUGAUGAAAAUUGUAUUUUCUGUUUUUGAUCUGCUGCUGGUCCUUAACUAAAGUCCUUUGAAACUUACCUGGGUUCAAAAGACUAAUUUUCAUCAAGACUUUUAAGACAAGGGGGCUUUGAGGACAUGAAGAAAAUCACUUGCCGCCUUCUACUCCAAUAAAAAUCAUGAGCUAUUGUGUUUUCUUUCUAAAACUUAAGAAAAUAGGAAAUGGGUUUGGCUUGAAAUACUUGAAUCUACUGGGCAUGUAUGUACCUAUUUAGUCAAAGUAUGUUUGCAUUUGUUCUCUUCCCUUUCUCCUUACAAGUCUGUUACUCAAUCCACUGGGCUAAAGAAGAAUUUUACAUCUAUUGUGAAAUGAAAGUCAGCAGCAGAAACACUAUUUUGGCUCUUUUAGGACGUUUUAAAGCCUCCCACUAUCACCAGAAAGGGCAAAAUGGAUUUUUGAUGAUCCCCUGUUUCUUCUCUUGAAUUUUUACAUGAAUAACAGCUACUCUGUCUUCAUUAAAAAAAAAAAAAAAGAGAGAGAGAGAGAGAAAGAAGUUUUCUUUUGACACUGUGUAAGACACACUGGAGAUGAUUCAUGAGCUUUUACUUCAGCAUGACUAUUGUUGCAUCUUGACCUCUAGUGCCUAUUUUAAUUUGAAUUCUCUUACCUGCAUAGUACAAAUCAUCCCUUUGUCUUGUGUAAGAUCUUUAAAAAGUAGGAUAUUCCUGUGUAAUGAAAAUGCAUUCUUUUCAGUGAUGACAAGGCAAAUAAUACCACCCCUACCUAAUCCUCUUCUAUACUUGGUAGGGUUUGCUGAGAGUUACAGCCUUUACUUGAGUAGCUCUGUUCUGGGCAGGAGAAGAUGAAAGUGAGAAAUUGUCUUGUAAAAACACAUGUCCCCAAGAGAAAAUUUAAGGCAAAAAGGAUUUUCAAAGUGUAAACAGAAGUGUGAAUCAUUGCCAGUGGAUGUUAAGCUUCAUGACUGCUUUUUACUUCAAUUUGCAUAGUUGCACUUCCAGGCUGACUUUAGGUGAUGUACAAUCUUCCUAAACCCUUUUUUUUCCCUCCUAUGGAUAAGGAUUCAUGUCAAAUCAUAACUGAUCUAGAGUUUAGUAAGGAAGAGUAUUUAGGAGCAGUGAUACAGCUGCCUUCCUCACUCCCUCUGUACUAGUAAUAUUUGUGUUAAUAUAUGUCUUUUUUACACUGGUUUGAUACAGGCUGGAAUUAAGAUCCUGCAUGAUCAGGGAACUGACAACAGAAGGGCUGGAAACUCUAUGGACACCAAGCAGUGAAGGUUUGCCCAAUGCUCUCAACUACAAAUAUCCUAAAAACCACAAAUUAUGCAUUUUUCACUUAAUUCUGCAGGAAAUAAAGUGGCUUUUCAAACAGCUUUCGUUACCCAAUGCUGAAAGCCCUGCAGGCUGCCCAGGGUUUAAUAACAGACCCUGUCUCUCUCUUGCGUUGGAUUGUGAUAUGCGGGACUCUCUACACUGCCCUUCUCUCUACUGCUGAACACCUUGAUCCUGCAGCCUGAAAAACAGAGGGAGAAGCAGCACUGUGAAAGGCAGAAAAGAGAUUUCUGGUGAGACAAUCAGAAUCAGUUUCUGUUUUCCCUGACAUUUCACAAAUUGCAAACCGGAGCCCUGAGCUUCUUGCCUCUCGCUCAGAGCUCUCGGAGUGCAGCGGAGAGAGACUCGCAUGAUGCAGAUGGGGAUGCUCUCACCACACGCAUUUUCAGUGUGAUUUUUUUUUUUUUCUUAAAAACACCUGUGAAUAAACCCCCUCGUUGUCACCACUGGUGGGAGGCACCCACACCCGCAGUAAUCCAUCAGUGCAAGGAGUGUGCUUGUGAGAUGCCGGCGGGGCUGGGAGUCCUGGGGUGUGGAUUGAGGCUGCUGAUUUUAACUCCGGCUGUGUUGGAGACUGCCUGCCCUGGGGCUGGGAGAUAUCUCCUGCUGCCUGGGGCUGAUCAAGUGAGGUACACAGCGGUGGGCACUGAUAACAGCUGCACGUUGUCCUCCGUGUGCUGAGAGAAGCUCCUUUGUUACAGGAAGAAAAAAUCCACUUCAGAAAUACUGGAGAGGUUUCUUAGGUGCCAAAUCCCUGAGCCUGUGAAACCCUGAAACCCCGGGCUUUGCUACAGGUUUUAAUCAGCUCAGUGUUUAUUCAAAAAGAGGCAUAAAGCCUUUUAAAAUUAGCCUUAUUUUUCUCUAGGACUCAAGGUCAAGUCUCCAUUAGCUCAUACUUCUGGAAAUGUCUCAGCCAGGGUUUGCACGUACAUUCCUCCAUCAGAACAGUAUUAAUCACACUCCUGCCAUCUCAGGGAGCUGGAGUACCUCUGCAUUUCCCAAGCAUUUAUUUUUCUUUCUCUUCAUAUUCUCCAAGUCCACACACUAUGGUGACAGCCACUGGAAUACCUAGCAAAUUUACCACCUUCCUUUCUGAACACUGUGGGUCUGGAGCAGGCUAUAAGGUAAGACUUGGCAGACCCACACUCCCUGUAAAACAAAACUUUGUUUACUCUUGUUUUUUUACUCCUCCUUUUCCACUCUAGUGGAAAAUCUUAAACACGACCACUCAGGACUAACAAAGCUGGAGGCAAGCAAAAUAGCAUUUCUUAUCUGAAAAAUUUUCACACUUGACAACCUCUGAAAUUUGGGGGCAAAAUGCCUACUAUGUUUGCCCUCAUAUUAUUUCCACAUCAGCAAAUCUGUAGUGUUUAUUUCCACCACAUAUAUUUCACUCCUGCCAGUAUUGGUGACAGACAAAGGCCAUUGCUGAGUUGCUAGGGAUGUCUUGUGCUAAAGUGAUCAGAUUAAAAGUGAAAAAAAAUACUUGGGUUGUAGGGAGCCUCCUCCCCUUCUUAACAUGUGCUGCAGAGUGAUGCCACCUGCAUCAGGUCACAGAUGUCAGUGCAGAUGGUGUGCCACCUUAUGUAACCUGGCAGGGGCCAUACGGUACUAGGACACCGUGUCUGGGUCAGGUUAUACAAUUGUGGAGGAUGUGUUUGAGCCUGAUGGCACAACCCAGCAUCUGGGCUGGGGCCUCGGUCACCCUACAUGCAACGUGAAUUACAGGGACUCGGAGAAACUGGGACCUCUUGCAGUCAAUAAUUAAAAUACGUAAGGUCUCCAAUACAAGCAGUACAAGCAAUACAAGCAACCCCAUGUAAAUAAGGAUGAAAACAAGGCACAAAGAAUGGCAUAAGAAGUGGUGGCAGCAGUGUGUUCCGGACAAAUACACAGAGGGAGGUGUUUAUCUGUGCACUGGGCAAGGAGGCUGUGGAGCUCCAGCUGCAGGCUCCUGAAGAUGCUGCUGCUUCAGGCUGCGGCCAGGAACACCAUUCCCGAGCAGACUCCUCCUGGGUACUCUGAACUGAAACAUUCCUAAUGUACAUAAAGAGGCUAUUCCCAAUACUGAAUGAUUUGGGGAGAGGGUCUGUGGGUGCUCGCUUCUUACUAAUGAAUGCCUUCACCUUAUUCUAGUGGUCUCAUUUCCAAUAAGCCCAACUAAAGUCCAAUGGCUUCCCUACCGUCUUGUCACACUUUACGAAGCUGCUAUCUUUAUUUCCAUUUUAAAUGACUUCCAGUGGUCUCUCACACCACCAAAUACAGCGAGGAUUACUGAAGGAAUUAAGAUCACAGCCACCAGAGCCUGUUUUAUUCUUGUGCUAAGGGGCUGGAAGUCAGUCUCGUACGGAACAUCAGGAAAGCUACUGUGAAGAGUAGCAGGCUGCUGGACAUGGACUCGUGAAGUGGGAACCUCCACGAUCAUCUUGGAUAUUUGGCCAGCCUUACAAUCACUUUUCUUUUUCCCCUUGCUGCUGUCCCCUUCGCUUUUUAUCAUCUCAUACUUGCUGCUCGCUGGCCUUUCGCCCCACACCGUCCUCCCUCAGAAAUCCAUGUUGACACAUUCCAGAACUCCCCUCAGCUUUUUGUGUAUCUGAAGACAGUUACCAGAUCAGCAUUUCUGCCCUGAAGGCAUCACAGCAAGGUGAUCAUCCAGGCUAUGUCGAAGAGGUUACUGAGCGGGUGAUGGAGAAUUUAAAACCGCGCCUUUGCUGAAAGAGAGGCAGCAAUGGAUCAGAGGAAAGCAGCCUGGCCAAGCAAACUGCCCUACCUACCACAGUGCUGAAAACAAGGUGCUUCUGGUUGGACAACAGAUGCUGCAGGGAUGUAGAGCUGAGGGAAUAUUUAUGAUUUGCCAAAAUACGAGGGGAACUUGGCGAGGACAUCAGGACUGGGAUGCCCCGGUCUUCUCCCUUCAGGGAUGCCUUGCUUCAGGAGCAUCUUUUGUCUGCUAUGCUGUUUCUGAAGGGUAAAAACACUAACAAAUAAGAAGUCAGCAAGGUGGAUUGGGUGAUCAGGUGCAUUUCUCUUUUGGAAGAGAUGGUCCUGGUCAUGAAACUUCUGUUCCUCACCUGCCUAUGGCCAACAGCAGUGCUACACAGUUCUCACAGUCAGCAUCACCGUCUUCAUCGUCGGCAACAAAUGUCAUUCUCAAGAAAACAUAACAGCAAACGAGAAAUUAAAAUGAGGAAGCUUGACAGCACAAAGGUCCGACCACUCAAAUCUGAGCAGCUUCUUCACAUAGAGGACCAUGACUUUGCACUGAGACCUGGAUUUGGAGGGUCACCAAUACCUGUGGGCAUUGAUGUGCAGGUGGAGAGCAUUGACAGCAUAUCUGAAGUUGACAUGGACUUCACAAUGACUUUAUAUCUGAGACACUACUGGAAGGAUGAGAGGCUCUCAUUCCGUAGCAACAAAAACAAGAGUAUGACUUUCGAUGGACGGCUGAUAAAAAAGAUCUGGGUGCCUGAUGUGUUUUUUGUGCACUCCAAAAGAUCUUUCAUCCAUGAUACAACUGUGGAAAACAUCAUGCUCCGAGUAUACCCUGAUGGCAAUGUCCUCUUCAGUCUGAGAAUAACAGUUUCUGCAAUGUGCUUCAUGGAUUUCAGUAGGUUUCCUCUGGACACACAGAAUUGUUCUUUAGAACUGGAAAGCUAUGCAUACAAUGAAGAUGAUCUGAUGUUGUACUGGAAACAUGGCAACAAGUCCCUGAGCACAGAUGAACACAUCUCCCUCUCCCAGUUCUUCAUUGAGGAAUUCAGUGCUUCCAGUGGACUUGCUUUUUACAGCAGUACUGGUUGGUACAACCGACUUUUUAUCAACUUUGCACUCCGCAGACAUAUUUUCUUUUUUGUGCUACAAUCCUAUUUCCCAGCCAUGCUGAUGGUGAUGCUGUCUUGGGUUUCAUUUUGGAUUGACAGAAGAGCUGUUCCUGCCAGGGUGUCAUUAGGUAUAACUACAGUGCUGACAAUGUCCACCAUCAUGACAGGAGUAAGUGCCUCAAUGCCUCAAGUGUCUUACAUAAAGGCUGUGGAUGUGUAUUUAUGGAUCAGCUUCCUUUUUGUCUUCCUGUCAGUCAUCGAGUAUGCAGCGGUGAACUAUCUCACCACAAUUGAAGAGAGAAAACAACUCAAAAAAAGGGGCAAGGCUUCAGGAAUGUACAGCAUGGAUGCAGUGCAAGCAAUGGCUUUUGAUGGCUGCUACCACGACACGGAUGAGGACAUGGACCUGAGUCCCUUCCCAGAGCCCUGUGAGGAGAACGAGACCAGGGCAAGUCAAACCAACAUCUCCAAUGCUGACACACCUCGCUUAAAGAGGAAGAGAUCUCUGAAGGGAAACGUGGGCAGGAUUAUUUUGCAGAACAAUCAUGUUAUUGACACGUAUUCCAGGAUUAUAUUUCCCAGUGUAUAUAUUGUGUUCAACUUUUUUUACUGGGGUUUGUACAUAUGAGCAAAAAUGCUUAUAAGCUAGACUUUAUUUGUGUG